CAAUAAGCAUCGAGGAUAAAUCUGCGGCUAAUUAACCUGACCAAUAGCGAAGCAGCUUGCUCAGGUGUAGGAUUCUACGGGCACAAAGAGCGCGUGAAGAUGCUUUUCUACUCAUUCUUCAAGUCCCUGGUGGGUAAAGACGUGGUGGUGGAGCUAAAAAAUGACCUGAGCAUAUGUGGCACACUUCACUCUGUAGAUCAGUAUCUGAACAUCAAACUCACAGACAUCAGCGUCACUGAUCCAGAGAAGUACCCACACAUGCUCUCGGUGAAGAACUGCUUCAUCCGUGGUUCGGUGGUGCGGUAUGUCCAGCUUCCUGCGGACGAGGUGGACACUCAGCUCCUGCAGGAUGCGGCACGUAAAGAGGCCAUGCAGCAGAAACAGUGAUGCACCUGCUGUUAUCUUCCUUUUUCAAAAUCUGUAAAAAGAAACAUGUUAACUUCAAUGAUUUAUGCUUUUUCUUUUAAGCAAAGAUUUUUGUAUAGUACCAUGUCCUGAUGUUCGAAAUUUGUUUGAGUGUCUGUCUUUUUUUUUUAAAGAUAUGAGUGGCGUUUGUUAAAUCCAUUUUUUUUCUGAUUUAUGUGUAAUACUUAGCUUUGGUCAAAUACAUAAUGCAUCAUCACAAUAGGCCAGUACAAAAUAAUUUUUCUUUAAAGCUGGUAAAUUCUGUUUCAUUUUAGUUAAAAAAAAAAAAAUAAAAAAGGCAGAGAAAAUUAAUGGACACCCAGUGUGGUGAGUAAAGCGUCACAUUUUAUGUUGAAAUAAAAAACAAUGCUAAA